AUGAGAUUAAGAACUACCUCAUUUUCUGUGCUAGAAUCAUUUCAACAGUCUGUCCAAGUCCUUGUCGACGAUGUUCUGGCACCGUGUACUGAUCCACCAUCGCGCCGCAGUGUGACCGUAGCUCAUGGGAUAUUACUCUGCUGGACGACGUCUGUCGAAUGCACGAUGAAGGAAGGCUUUGUAUUCUUUUUCUGAAGGUUUCGAGUGGCUCUUUGCUUUCAGAUGCUACGUGGAUCUUUUCGGCGUCAUCGGUUGUCAAAUCAGAAAUCUCAUAUCCAUAGGGGACAGCGCAUUCAACCUUUUGAGCAUUUUGCAUCUGAUCGGGUGUCAUAUAGAACACAUAGUGCUCUCGACGAAGGCCAGCUUGAAGAUUGGUCGAUUCCACUAGAUACUUGGCGAUCUGCAAAAAGAAAAAUUAGGUGA